CCGCAACUAAAUCUUAUUUCAACAUAAAAAUCGAUAAUUUGAAUCCCUCCUCAUCAUCCAAUCAAUCAAUCAAUCGAUUAGCUGUUGGUUUUUUUUCUUCAUUUGUUUUUGUUUGGUUGGUUAUUACGCAUCAUCGUUGAAUCAAUUUCUGUUUCGUUGUUGUUUUUCAAAAAAUUAAGAAAAAAAAUUUCGAAAUUUCCAUUUUCCUUUCGUUGUAUGGUUAAUGAUCUUAUUUUCAUUUGAAACAAACGAAAAAAAAACAUGAUGGAUCAACAUCAAGAUAUGAUUGAAGAUCUGGAAGUUGCAUUGAAUGAAAAAAUAAUGAUAACCGAUCUAAAAGAUAUGAAUGGUAGUAGUGAUACAAACGGUGGUAAUAUGAAUAAUAAUAAUGAUUAUAGUACAUCAUUCGAUCCAAUGCAAUUAUUUAAUAAUGAUGAAAAAUAUCAACGAUUUUUUAAAACAUUUGGUUCAUGGUCAGAAUCAUUACAGGAUUCAUUCGUUCAACAAUUAUUAUCACAUAUGUCACAUUAUCAACAUUCAAGAAUUAAUACAUUUUUACGACCAAUGUUACAACGUGAUUUUAUUUCAUUACUUCCAAAAAAAGGAUUAGAUCAUAUAGCUGAAAGUAUUUUAACAUAUUUGGAUGAAAAAUCAUUAUGUGCAGCUGAAUUAGUUUGUAAAGAAUGGCAUCGUGUUAUAUCGGAAGGAAUGUUAUGGAAAAAAUUAAUCGAAUCAAGAGUUAAUACUGAUUCAUUAUGGCGUGGUCUUGCACAUCGUCGUGGUUGGAUACGUUAUCUUUAUAAACCACCACCAAAUGAAUCACAUCCGGAUCAUAUGUUUUAUCGACGUUUAUUUCCAACAAUUAUAAUGGAUAUACGUUGUACGGAAAAUAAUUGGCGUUCAGGAAAACAUACCUUGAAUCGUAUUAAUUGUCGUAGUGAAGGUAGUAAAGGUGUUUAUUGUUUACAAUAUGAUGAUCAAAAAAUUAUCAGUGGUCUACGUGAUAAUACAAUUAAAAUAUGGGAUCGUAAAGAUUUGGCCUGUUCAAAUGUUUUAACUGGACAUACUGGAUCGGUUCUUUGUUUACAAUAUGAUGAUCAUGUUAUAAUAAGCGGUUCAAGUGAUGCAACUGUACGUGUUUGGGAAAUAAAAACCGGACAAAUGAUUAAAACAUUAAUACAUCAUUGUGAAGCUGUAUUACAUUUACGUUUUAAUAAUGGUAUGAUGGUUACAUGUUCAAAAGAUCGUUCGAUUGCUGUUUGGGAUAUGACAUCACCAACGGAAAUAAAUUUACGACGUGUAUUAGUUGGUCAUCGUGCUGCUGUAAAUGUUGUUGAUUUUGAUGAAAAAUAUAUUGUUUCAGCAUCCGGUGAUCGUACAAUUAAAGUAUGGAAAACAUCUGAUUGUGAAUUUGUUCGGACAUUGAAUGGACAUAAACGUGGCAUUGCUUGUCUACAAUAUCGUGAUCGUUUAGUUGUCAGUGGUAGUUCGGAUAAUACAAUUAGAGUUUGGGAUAUUGAAUUUGGCAAUUGUUUACGUGUAUUGGAAGGUCAUGAUGAAUUGGUUCGUUGUAUACGAUUUGAUAAUAAACGAAUUGUUAGCGGUGCUUAUGAUGGUAAAAUAAAAGUAUGGGAUUUAGCUGCAGCAUUGGAUCCACGAUCACCAUCCGGUACAUUAUGUUUACGUACAUUAGUCGAACAUACUGGCCGUGUAUUUCGUUUACAAUUUGAUGAUUUUCAAAUUGUUAGCAGUUCACAUGAUGAUACAAUUUUAAUUUGGGAUUUUCUUACACCUGAUACAAAUAAUGAAUCAAUUAAUCAUCAACAACAACAACAGCAACAACAACAACAUUGUGCUAUAAUAACAAAAGAUGGUAGAUGACUAUCAUAACUUUAUUCAGGAAUUUGGAUUUUUGAAAAAGAAUGGUACGUUUUUCUGACUUGGAAAAAAAAUCGCAUACACACACAUACCCCGUAGCCAUGAAAUGAUUCAUAGAUUCAAUCUUUGAUUAGAUAAUGAUUGUUUAACUGUAAAAUUCAUUCCGUUUUUUUUGUUUUGUUUCACACAAACAUUUAUCCCACCCGAACUACCAUCGCAUGUGUGUGUGUUAUCAUAAAUUCAGAAAAGAAUUCCGAAUUUCAACAAUAACAACAACAACAAAAAUUUCUACCCUUAUCAACAAACAUUGAAUACCGUUUUUUUUAACAUAAAACAUCAUUAUUGAUAGAUAGAUUAUAUUUCUUUCAUUGUUAUUUUAAUAAUAGUUAUCGAAUAUAUCUUUAACGAAAUGCUCAUUUCGAAUUGAAAUUUUCUUCAUUUUUUUUGUUAGUAUUAAUUAUCAAAACAAACAAACAGAAAAUUUUAUCCAUUUCUUUUCUUAUUAUAACCAUUAUUAUAAUUACGAUAAAUGACAUAACAUACACUUACACACUUACCCAUUCUUAAUCUAUGUAUUUUUUUUUCUAUAU